AUGUCGUUCAUUAAAAUAUUGAAGGCGCCGAGUAAAUUAUUUAAAAAAGAUGUUAUAACAUUCUUAACAAUUCGUCGUCAUGAUUUAGGCGUGCUAGACAACAAACUUCACUACAUAGCCGUAAAGCCAACAGCAUCAAUUUCAGUGCUGAGACAAAAAGUGUGGCAUCUAUUAGAUCUGCCAGAUUAUUGCGAUGAGAUUAUUAAACUAGAAUCGGAGGAUGGCAAAGAGCUACCGUUGACAGAUCUGCGUACUGGGAAUGAACCACAACAUCCUUACAUUUUAGAAGUGUGGUUACCAGGAAACCAGUCAUACACUUCUGGAUAUCAUAAGAAUAUGUUAACAAUGGGCGAUAGUAGUAUCCUUAACCGAAACAGUUCAAGUGGCACCGAAUUUGAAGAGAAAAUCCACAAUGAUAGUAGUGCAAAGUCAACUGGUACACCAAUUUUUAAAACAACAGUGGCAAUAAAUACGAAAAACGAGAACAAAGCAAACACUUUGCCUUCAGAUUGCAAAAGCGAAGUUUGUUCAAAAAUUUCCUCGACAUCGCUCUUCUUUAAAUUACAUGGAAGGAAAAGUCGUGAUAACUUCACUAAUAUUUUACUAAAAAUUCAAAACGACCUCAUCGUUUUGAGUAACAAAUUAUCAAAUUUGGAAAAUAAAAUACAAAUUUAA